UACAAGAUGGCGUCCCUCUAAGUGACCUUUCAAAAAUUCUGCUUCUAAUCGUGAUCAAAAGCCGAUGCGAUGCUUUUUCAAUGAUUUAGUGUGUCAGCAAUGGAAUGGUCCAAAGGAAGAGUAGUUUUGAGCACUAGAAAGUGGUAAUAUUUUCCCAAUCAUUUCUGCAACGCCUCUUACCGCUCUAGCUUUUUUGUUGGAUUUGAAUCCUUAAAAUGGCACAGAAUUUGGCGGUAGAUUUGAUGUUGAGGACUUUGAUGAGUUCCCUUGAGUUCAGGGAAUCGGAAAACAAAAACUGGGAAGGAGUAGCCAAGCUAAUUCCUGGAAGCUCUGCACAACAGUGUGCAAAAAGAUGGGCAGAAAUCCAGCAAACCUCAACUUCACAGCAUUCAUCUUCAGACUCCAGACACCUCUCCAAAUUAUUAAACUCUGUUUUGCAUUUUGCUGAUGAAAAAGAAUUAACGAAUGAGACUGUGCCAAAGGACAUAAUAAGGAGUGACCCACAAUCAGCUUCAGUUAAAACCAACAGCUCUCUAGGUCAACAACUUCAAACCAAUCUGGAAGCAGGACUUAACAAAAGGACAUCAGAGGCAACUUCCUAUGUAGAAAGUGGUGAAGAAUCAUUGUCAAAGCAGAAAUCAGUUCUCAGACAACCUUCAAGAUCGGCCUUGUCACAAGCUUCAAAUCUGGAAUCAUUACAAGGGCCUAACAUGGUUAUCCAUGUGUGUGAUGAAAGCAAGAACUUAAAACAAGACUUCACAUGCCCAAGGGACUUGCUGAUAAGUGAGAUGAGAUAUUUCGCUGAGUAUUUGUCAGUGGAAGCCCAACGAUGGGAGGAGGUUGACAUUUCUGUUCAUUGUGAUGUGCAGAUCUUUGAUUGGCUGAUGAAGUAUGUUAAAAGACGGCUUCCAGAUAAGAGCAAAUCCAGGACUGAGGAAAAGAAACCCAAACUUGAACCAAACAAUGUCAUAUCCAUCUUGAUAUCUUCAGACUUCUUAAAGAUGGAUGCGCUGGUAACCGAGUGCAUCCGCUACUGUCAUCAGAAUAUGUCAGCCAUUGUAGCCACACCCUGUAAUAUGAACUGUAUUAAUGACAAGUUGGUCACUAGAAUAGCAAAGCUGUUUAACCAUAAUGAGUUAGAAGCAAUCAAGGAUCGAAAGGACAAAUUUAAAAGCAAACUGUUUUGCAAGAAAAUCGAAGAACUGUUUGAUCCAAGGCUCCAAUCAAGUUCAUCCGCAAAUGCCAGUACUCUUUUCAGAUGCAUCGCUUGUGGAAGACUUCUGACAGCAGAAUCUCAAGGCAAACUACGAUGUGUUCCUAACAGAAUGAUGGUGAAUCAUCGAGGAAGAGUGUCUUACGUCCAUUCACGGGACUUUACCUGGGAUGUGAAUGACUACCUUCUUGGAUUAAGAGAUGAAGUUAAAUCUUGGAAAGAAGUUUACUGGAGAUUAUGGGGUGCAGUGAAUGUCCUCUAUUGUCACCGCUGCGGGAAUUAUUUCCAGUGCUCAGAGCUGGGUCACUGCAGCUAUCACCCGAUGACUGUAGAUUUUGGAAACUUGGAGUGCGCAGCGACCAAGAUAGUUGGAAUAUAUCCCUGCUGUCAGCAACGAGUAUUGCAUUUUGAUCCAUCCCUUGAAGGCACUGGCUGCUGUGUGCGUGAUCACAAACCAACGUUAAAUAAACCAGUUUCGAACACAGCGGAGAACAUGGAGAACUCAGCUGAAUCGAGCGAUAACAAGAAAGAUGACAACUUAAAAGCAGAAAACAGCGAAGGAAAUGCAAAGAACGAUAACGACGAAGGAAAAUCAUCCCAACCGGAGAAAGGAAAGUCAACAGAAGAGGAACAGAACACUGAGCAAGAACCCGAUGCUGAGGCCUCUGAAAAGUUACCUUCCGAUAAAAAUUCAGCUUCUAACGAGGAGCCAGCAAUCACCAACAAUCCAACUGUUGUAGAAGAUAUGUUUGCACAUAGGAACGCUAUCUGUAUACCAUUCCGCAGAUUAUCAAGUGCGAGGUCUUCCGAAUUGAAUGUGUUUGGUGUGGAGGAGUUAGCUUUAGCGAACAUGAAUACCAGAGACCUGGAGAGCAGCACGAGCGCCCUAUCGGACAUGAUAGACCCAAGUGAACGAAAAGUUUUAGAAUUUCCUACGGUUGGUAAAAAAAAUAUAUUUUUACUCUGGAAGGACUUUACCUGGGAUGUGAAUGACUACCUUCUUGGAUUAAGAGAUGAUGUAAAAUCUUGGAAGGAAGUUUACUGGAGAUUAUGGGGUGCAGUGAAUGUCCUUUAUUGUCACCGCUGUGGGAAUAUUUUCCAGUGCUCAGAAUUGGGUCACUGCAGCUAUCACCCGAUGACUGUAGAUUUUGGAAACUUGGAUUGCACAGCGACCAAGAUAGUUGGAAUAUAUCCCUACUGUCAGCAACGCGUAUUGCAUUUUGAUCCAUCCCUCGAAGGCACUCGGGCUCACACGCCACAAGAGAAAAGCGACAACAAACAAAAACCAAAAGAAGUAAGACUGUUAUGA